AGACAGAAAGGAGAACAGAACAAACUCUCAACUGGAGGAGACUCACUCAUGGCCUAUGAGACAGAGGAUCAGGAGACUCAAUACUGCUUUCCUGGCAUCAACUCAUCAUGUGUCAAGAAACAACCCUUCAGUCAUGGAUAUAACAUCAUAUAUUUGUGUGUGUCAUUGCAGUCAGCAUGGACUGUGUUACUGAACCUGCUGGUGAUCAUCUCCAUCUCUCACUUCAAGAAGCUUCACACUCCAACCAACAUGAUUAUUCUCUCUCUGGCUGUGGCUGAUCUGCUUAUUGGAGUUAUCAUGCCUAUAGAGGCCAUCAGACUGAUUGAGACGUGCUGGUACUUUGGGGACAUUUUCUGUGGACUCUAUUUAUUAUUUAUUUCUUUACUUCUCUCAGCAUCUCUUAGUAAUUUAGUUUUAAUUGCUGUUGAUCGUUAUGUGGCUGUGUGUCACCCUUUACACUACCCACAGAAAAUAACCAUCACUAAAACACUAAUGAGUAUCUGUCUGAGCUGGGUUUAUUCUACAGUCUAUAACACUACACUUGUAGUUAAUAAUGGACAUUUUGACACUUCACACAGAACAUAUGUGUGUUAUGGACGAUGUUCAUUUGAGAUGAGUUUUAGUUGGAUAGCAGUUGAUCUGUUCAUGUCUUUAAUUUUCCCUUGUAUGCUGAUCAUCACUUUAUAUCUGAGGAUUUUCUUUGUAGUUCAUCAGCAAGUGAAGGUUAUAAACUCUCUGAUGAAGGGUGGUAAAUGUGUAACAAAGGGUUCGGUGAAGAGGAAAUCUGAGAGUAAAGCUGCUCUGAUUUUAGGAAUCAUUGUGUCCAUUUAUCUGCUUUGCUAUAUUCCGUACUGUAUCUGUUCUCUGACUGUAAAGUCUUCCACGGCUAUACAUAGUUUAAUAUGGGCUGUGUAUUCUAACUCAGGUAUGAAUCCUCUGGUUUAUGCUCUAUUUUACCCCUGGUUUAAAAAAACAGCUAAACUCAUCUUAACUCUGAAAAUAUUUCAGCCGGCAUCCUCUCUGAUCAAUAUUUUUACACAACAUCAAUUAUAA